AUGAAGUUCCAAACUAUUAAUAAUCUCCUCCUUCUCCUCCUCCUCCUCCAUAUCUUCCCAGUGACAACAAGUGUUGCCACCACAGUGCCUGCUUACACGCCAGCUGACCGUAUCCUCCUCAACUGCGGUGCCUCAGGCAUCUUCAACGACACCAGCCACCGGAGUUGGGUGGGCGAUGCCGAGUUAAAAUUCAUGCCAGCAAAUGCAGCUGCCAUAUCUUUUUCAUCCACAGCCUCAAAUAUAGAUCCCAAUGUUUCUCCACUCCCUUAUCACACCGCUCGUAUUUUCACUAACUCUUUCACCUACACAUUUCCCAUCACCAAAGGCCAGAAAUUCCUUCGCCUCUACUUCUACCCCAGCAUUUACUCCCACCAUGACACUUCUAAAUCUCUCUUCUCUGUCUCUGCAAAUUCCUUUACCCUACUGACCAAUUUCAGCGCUUUCCUUCAUUCCCGGAAUUCUUCACAGCCAUCUUUCAUGAAAGAAUUCGCCAUCGAUGUCCAAGAUUAUAAUCAAACACUAGUUUUAACUUUCUCCCCAGAGCCAUACUCCACCGGUUUCGUGAAUGGCAUUGAAAUUGUGUCAAUCCCGGAUGAACUCUACUUACAUAGAAAUGAUUCAAUCAAAUAUGAUGGCAAGAACACUCAGAUAUUUUAUCAGGGUCGCAGUUCAGCUCUUGAGACUCUUUACAGGCUAAACGUUGGCGGCGACAGAGUUAAUAUUGAAGACGACAGUGGCAUGUACCGGGCAUGGUACCCAGAUGAUGGCUACUUAAGUGGCCAAGCUUUUGGCUACACUCAGGCCAUCGGCAAUUCCGAGGUUAAGGCCACUGUUCCAUACACUGCUCCAGAAGUAGUCUACACAAGUGCCAGAAUGACCUACAACACCAGUAGCUUAAAUUGGGAAUUUCCAGUGGAUUCAGGGUUUAACUAUCUUGUCAGGUUGCACUUUUGUGAAUUUACGCAAGGUGUAACUAAGUCAGGACAAAGGACUUUUUCGAUUCUCUUAAACAAAACCGCUGCUGAUAUUGCAGCUGACGUUGUCUCUUGGGCCGGCGGUCCUCUAAUUCCCACCUUCAAGGACUACAUCAUAUGGCUACCUGAUCACCACAACGAUCGUGGGAAACAAAACCUGGGCCUGUCUUUGUCUCCUAACUCUGCAAAAGAUCAACAGUAUCGUAAUGCUUUCUUGAAUGGCCUUGAAAUAUUCAAGCUCAAUCGUACAAACGGGAGCCUAGCAUCUGCCAACCCUGAGCUUGCGGUCAAAUCUAUUGAGCUGACGGUGAAGCCCAAGCAGGAGAAGAAAAUUCGAGAAUUGUCUAUAAUUUUUGGGAGUGUGGUUGGCUUCCUUGCAGUGGCUGGAGUCACGGCUUUCCUGAUUUGUCGAAGGCUGAAUAAAGGGAAGGAAGCAUCUAAUGGCAGUGCCGCCGAGUCAUCCUUCCAACCUUCUUCAAUCACGUCAACAUACACAACUAGUACUACUGCAGAUCCGCAUCCUUGGAAAUCCUGCAGAUAUUUCGCGCUCGCUGAGAUCAAAGCUGCAACAUCCAACCUAGAUCGAAACUCCAUCAUUGGGAGAGGAGGAUUUGGGUGCGUUUACAUGGGAGUCAUAGAUGACGGUGCCACCACCGUGGCGAUAAAACGGCUCAACCCGUCGUCAAAUCAAGGGGCUCAUGAGUUCCUAACCGAAAUCCACAUGUUGUCAAAGCUGAGGCACCUCCACUUGGUAUCACUAAUUGGCUACUGCGACGAGGAUGGCGAGAUGAUCUUGGUGUAUGAUUACAUGGCCCACGGCUCUUUACAUGACCAUCUCUACACCUGCCGCAACCCCCAAUUAUCGUGGAAGCAGCGCCUCCAGAUCUCCAUGGGCGCUGCAAAAGGACUGCACUAUCUCCACACCGGCGCUGAACACGCCAUCAUACAUCGCGACGUCAAGUCCACUAACAUCCUACUCGACCACAACUGGAUCGCCAAGAUAUCUGAUUUUGGACUGUCCAAAAUGGGAGAGUCGAACGAUUCGUUCACUCAUAUCAGCACCAACGUCAAGGGCACCUUCGGGUACUUGGAUCCGAAAUACUUUUCGACUCAUCAACUGACAAGAAAAUCAGAUGUGUAUGCAUUUGGAGUGGUUCUGUUCGAGCUUAUUUCUGGAAGAGCGGCGGUGGAUGUGAGGCUGGAUGAGGAGCAGCAUAGCCUGGCUGGAUGGGCUCGAUUUUGUGUGCGAGAAGGAAGAGUGGACGGACUCAUUGACAGCAACCUUGAGGGGCAGAUUUCAGCAAGUUGUUUGGAUGUGUUUGUUGGAAUAGCAGGGAGAUGCAUACACAUUCAGCCAUUGGAAAGGCCUACCAUGGCUGAUGUGGUGAUGGGCCUCGAAUUAGCAGUGUCGUUACAGGAGACAACCGUGGUGGAAGAUAAUGAAAAUGAUGCCGGAGGGAUUCACAGCGAUCGGAGCCAGGUGGCUGUUGAUGUGAUAUGUAGCACAGAUUGAUGUGAUAUGUAGCACAGAUUGUACUAUCAAAUAUAUACUAUAUCUAUGCAUGAUUAGGAGUCCCUUUUUAUCACAAAUUUUAAGAAUUUUGAAGGAAUGUGAGUUGAAAAUGUAAACAGUCAAUGGAAUCAGUAGCCUAUGGAGUACUAUUCAGAACAAAAGUAAAAUAUGACUUGUGUAAUACAAGUGGAUCAAGUCAUG